AUGGCGACGCACAAGGGACACUUCAGGUGGCAUAACGAAGAGGAGGUCUACGGCAAGGCCCAGUGGACCCGCGUCUACUUCGUGCUCAAAAUCGAGGAGCGUGCCCUCUACAUCUACAAGCAGAAGAAGGACCAGUCCAAGGAGUGGAAGAAGAUCGACGUCUCCAAGGGUUCGUGCGAGAACGGCCGCCACAAGCGCCAGAAGCACGUCUUCGUGUUCACCGCCAACGACCAGAGGAAGUACGUCUUCCGCUCCGAGCACAAGAACAAGAAGAAGCAGUGGGUCCGCUACCUCAACGACGCCGCCAAGGAUGCCAAGAAGGUCGAGACCCCCAAGGCGGCGGCCGUGGAGAAGAAGGAGGAGCCCAAGCCCGAGCCGGUGAAGAAGGCCGACGACGAGAGCUCGUCGUCCGACGAUGAGUCGUCGUCUUCCGAUGACGAGAGCUCGUCGUCCGAGGGCGAAGAUGAGGACGCUGCCGCCGCUGCCAAGAAGAAGGCCGACGAAGAGGCCGAGGCCGCCGCUGCCGCCAAGAAGAAGGCCGAUGACGAGGCCGCCGCCGCCGCUGCUGCCAAGAAGGCCGAAGAGGAAGCCGCCGCUGCCGCUGCUGCCAAGAAGGCCGAGGAGGAGGCCGCCGCCGCCGCCGCCGCCAAGAAGGAAGCCGAGAAGGAGUCGGACUCGUCGUCGUCGGAUGAGUCGUCGUCUUCUGAUGAUUCGUCGUCGUCCGAGUCUGAGUCCGAGGCGGAGGAGAAGCCCAAGGAUGCGCCCGCGCCCGCUGCCGAGCCCGAGCCCGAGGUGGGCAAGAACGUGACCGUGGAGAACACCUACCCGCGGCUGAUUCACCUGCAGGGCAAGAAGAAGACCGACAUCACCUUCACCCACGUGGCCACCACCGGCGCGAGCGUCAACGACACCGACGUCUUCAUCCUCGACAACAACAAGACCGUCUACACCUGGCUCGGCGCCAGCCCCAACAUGUGGCAGAAGCAGGCCGCCGCGGCUCUCACCCGCGCCAUGGACGACGAGCGUGGCUCGAGCGUCAGCAACCUGGUCAUCUCCAACGCGGGCACCUCCGACGCGGCCAAGUUCUGGGAGCUGCUGGGCGGCAAGCCCGAGACGCUGUCUAAGUCGGCGCCCGAGGCGCAGGCGCCCGUGCUGUUCCGGCUGUCCGACGAGUCAGGCAAGAUGGAGUUCAACGAGGUGGGCCGGGGCAACCCGCUCAAGCGCUCCCUGCUCCAGGCCGACGACGUGUUCAUCGCCGACCUGGGCUUCCACAUCUUCGUGUGGAUCGGCAAGAAGGCCUCGCGCGACGAGCGCGACAAGGCCGUCGGCUACGCCGUGGUCUACAGGCACAAGUACAACAGGCCCGAGCACAUCCACAUCGAGAGGAUCAUGGACGGAGGCGAGAAUGAGCUCCUCUACUCCUUCUUCCAGUAA